AUGCGCAUGCGCAAAUUCAUAGCAACAGUUUCCGUGUUUACAUUCAUGGCGGAUAUUCAUGAAAAUUUAAUGAAGAUAAUGAUUAGCUCGUAAAUGAGAGGUUUCUUGCACGCAACAAAAAGAAAAGCUGCUAAGACAUUCGUAAAGGUCCACAGCAAUGAGUGACAGGGAUACCCCCGGGGUGGAUGGGGGUCCUGGAGAGGCGGAGGACCCCCUGAAGUAUGCAGCCCCAAUCUCUGCCGUACCUCCCAAGGUCAUCCACCAGGAGGAGAGUCAGGUGGAGGUGUCUGCUAGCCCAGCAUUCCAGUGUCUUGAUGAGAUGUUCCAUGAAGGAAAACUUACUGGGACUAAAGUUGCAUUUUUGAAAUCAAAGUAUACAGAACUUCAUGAAAUGCUUAAAGGCACUAGGGAGAGUGAGACAAAUCUUCUCAGGCAGGCUAAAGAUUUCUCAACAGAGCUAGAAAGGCAGAGAUCUGAACUAGAAAAAGCAGAUAACUUCCCCGAUAGUUCCAACACAGAGGUUUCUAAAAUGAGAGAACAGCUUCUGAAGUACAACAAUGAUCUGAAACAGGCACAAGAACGUCAGUAUCAGCUGGAGUAUCAGAUAGAAAUUUCAACUGAGGAAAAGAAGCUUAUGGAUAGGGAGUAUGCAAGAAUGCCUAAAUCAGGGGAGAUAGAGAAAAAGAUCAAGGAGCUGCAGCAGGCCUGUGAUGAGAUGAAGAAGGAGAUUGUACAGAGGCAGCUGGAGGUGAAGACUCUCAAGGAAGACCUGGAGGCCUCCAAUAGGCAGGUCAAAAAGGACCAUGUGGAGUACGAGAAACUGCAGGAAAAACUGGAGAAUCUCAAGGGUGAUCUUGUCCAAGUCAACAAUGUUCCAAAUCAGAUAGCAAAGGAAGCUGAUAAACUGAACAGAAAAAACAAUGAAUUGCUAACUCAGUUGGCAGAGUUUGAUUAUGAAAGCAAAGGGCUUAAAGCUGAAAAGACUGCAUUGGAGAUGAAGGUAAAAGAACUGCAGGAUGAAAAGUAUGAAACAGACAAUGAAGUUGAAAGACAGAAACAAGCUCUGAAUGACAAAGAUCGUGAGUUGGAACAAAUACAGAAGGAUUUUAAUUAUGCUAAGGACAAAGAUGCUGUUUUGAUGGGAGACAGGGCAACACUUGACCUCAACUUGCGGCAUAUUCACCUGGAAAAGAAGAACGCGCACGAUGUUCAUUCAAGAAAAAUGCGAGAAAAGGAUAAGGAUUUGAGAAAUUUGAAAAAAGCAGAGCUUCAUUUGAGAGUUGCAGAGGAAAACCUAAAUCAUUCCAAACUCAUUCAUGAGAAAAUCAAAUCUCAAGUUGAUUCAUUACCCAAAGAUGAUGGCACUGCAGCGAAAAAGAGGGAAGAACUUCAAAAGGAAGUGGACCAAACAAAAAGAGCUCUUGCUCAACAGAACUCUCUGACGGCCGUGGAGCAUGUAAGGCUGGAAGCGAGUGCUGCAGAGGAACAGAAUCUGCUCUAUGAACAGUCUGACCUGCGCAUUGAAGUUGUGGAGCUCACGAGGCUGGCUGCCAUAAAGGCAGAUGAAAGAGAACAGAAGGCGCGUGAUUUCAUGCGUGCUGAGAUGAGGUACCACAAGGCUGUAGAAGAUCUGAAAACUAAACAGCUUCUUAUUCAAGAUCAUGAAAAGAAAUAUAAAGAAAUGCAAAUAAAAUUAAAAGACUUUGCGAAGCUGUAUGACGUGAUCAAGAACGAGCGUAACAAGUGCGUGAACUUGAUCCAGACGAGCACCCAGAAGGCAGCAGAGAUGCGAGAGAAGAUCAAGAUCCUACAGAACGAGAUUGAGAUUCUACGCACAGCUGUCACACAGAAAGACAGACACCUACAAAAACAGCGAUUAAAACACAUGAACAGUGUUGUAAUAAGGGACAGCCUUAGAAACGAGGUUGCUAAGCAACAGAGAAUUGAAGAAGAGAUGCAAGCGAAGCGGUCCCAGCAGAAGAUGGACAUUGGCAAGCUGAACAUGAUGAUCAACUCUGCAGAGGAGCAGAUGACCAAGCUGAGGAAUAGAUACGAGAAGGCCAUCACACAUAGGAAUGAGAGAGGCAUCAAAUUGAUUGAACGAAAUGAGGAAGUCUGCAUUUUCUAUGAGAAAGUUAAUAUCCAAGACCAGAUGAUCCGUAACGGUACAGUAGAGCUGCAGGCUCGGGAGGAGGAGAUACGCUUCCUCAAGAUGCAGAUGAACGAGGAGAAGAGGUUCACCUCUGUUUUGUAUGCACAGCUGCCCAACAAAGUUAGCUACGAGCAGGAACUAGUCACACUGCAGAUCCAGCUGCAGCAAUGUCAAGACCGGAUGUUGGAGCUAGAGAAGGAGAUAGAGAACCCAUACGAUGAAAAACGGGUUCGCUACCUGGAGGGCAAGGAUCUGCCACCGGCGGAAAUGCAUGAGAAAAUUGAAGAUUUGGAGACGCGUCUAUCGGAGAAGGAGGAAACGUUGCUGGAAAAGGACCUGAUAUUUGAGCAGGUCACUCGCCUGGUAGGACGUGUGCGCAACAAGGCAAUGACUGGCAAAGACGACACCCUAGACCUGGCUAAGAAGGUGAAUGAGUUACAAGCGAAGAUAAAGGACACGACCCGAAAGAUGAUGGCGAUGGUAUCAGAGGUGUCCAUGAACCAGGCCAAUGCGAUGAAGCUCCAGCAGGGUCUCAAGGAGAAGGAGUCUGAGUUGGAGCAGUGCUACAUCCGCAUGGAGAAGGGAGAACCUCCCAGUGAGGACAUAGAGAGAGCCUGGCUUAAGCUGCUCAGAGACGAGGAGCGCAAGGUGCUUGAAAUGGAGGAGAAGAGAUUGAUUGAGGAGGAAGAAGAGCAGUACCAGACUUCAGGUGGUGUCACCACGACUGCAGAACCCAGACCAAACGCCUACAUUCCUGAUGAUGACAGUGAACUGCCUAUCCCCAGACCGUACGGCAAACACGCACCAUUCAAACCAAAUGAACCAGGAUCCACUAUGCGACAUAUUCGGAAACCAGUGCCUAAGCCUAUUGAGAUAUAAUGUUUGUGGUAUGCUGUAUUUUGUGGAAGUGCGUUUCUGUUGGAUUUCGGGAGAAAAUGGAAAUGAAACUUUUGUGAUGUUUCUGGAUUUGUGCUUUAGAAAACUGCAUAGGUGUUGAAGCCAUCUGUCGAUUAGAAAAGCUUUCAUUGGAGGAAUAAUUUUUUACAAAUGAUCAAGGAAACAUGGCAGUCUGGCUUGAAAAUCUAUUUACACUCUACAUUAUUGAGUCUCUAAAUGUUUGUUAUAAAAAUGCAAAACUGUGAUUAAGAUAUUAUUACGUAUACUAUUUUGAUAUAAAAUAAGAAAUUAUU